AUGAUUUAAUAACAAUAAGAAAUCAUAAUUGAACCACCUCUUUAUUUUGCUAAAGAUCAUCUAUUUGACUUAAAUUUUCAUCCUUUUUAAGAUGUUGUGUGUUGUGCAUAAGUAACAGGAGUAGUAAAUAUGUAAAUAUUUAUAUCCACAUAUUAAGAUUGAAAUAUUCAUCUGAUGAUGUCGUUGAAAUUGCAACAUUUACUCACCAUUAAUCAUCUGCAAGAAUUAGUUAAUUCUUUAGAGAUGGUCAACAUCUAAUAACAGCUAGCAAAGAUUGUUCAUUUGCUAUUUUAGAUAAUAAUGGUAAAAUGAUAUUGCAUUAAUUAAAAGCUCAUAAGUAAUAUAAUUAAUUUAAAUAGACAUCCUAUUAAUGCACUCAAAUAAUUAAAUGAUAGCAUUAUUGCUACAGGAGAUGAUACAGGAAAUAUUAAAAUAUGGGAUCUAAGAUAAAAUAAAUGUGUUUUUAAAGUCAAAGAAGCUGAAGAAGCAAUCUCUGGAAUUGAAAUAGAUUCAUCUAAUAAUUUAUUACUUUCAUCAAGUUUAGAUGGUUAUUUAAGUGUUCAUGAUUUAAGAUUCUAAAGUACUAAUGAAAAAUGCUUAUAUGCUAAGAGUGAUUGUAUGGAAGAAGAAUUAACAGAUAUUUGUUUGGUAAAAAAUGGUUAAUUUGUUUGUACUUCAACUAGUGAAGGAAACUUAUUAUUAUUUAAAUGGGAUUAUUUUGGAGAUUUUAAAGAUCGAAUUAUUGGACAUCCUAAUUCUAUUGAUUCUAUUGUACAUUAUUUUAUUAUUAUAUAAAUUAGUGUAAAAUAGAUGAACAUUCAAUAAUAACAGGUGCAGAAGAUGGUCUUGUAAGAGGAGUUUCAGUAUUUCCUAAUAUGAUUACUGGAAUCUUAGGUUAACAUGAAGAUAAUUCUUAUUUUCCUAUUACAAAAAUAGUUGUUGAUAGAACAUAAAAAAUUGCAGCUUCAUUAUCACAUGAUAGUUCAAUUAAAUUUUAUGAUAUUGCUGAUUUUGUCAAUAAAAGAAAAUCAGCUAAAGUUUAAGUGAAUGAUACAGAAUUUGAAUAUACUAAUAAUAAAUAAGUUUAAAAGCAAAUGGAUAUGGAAGGAGAUUCUGAUGAUGAUUCAGAUGAUAAUGAUGAUGAUUCAGAUGAUGAUGAUGAAGCAAAAAAAUUAAAACAAAAGAGUUUAAAAACUAAAAAUCUUUAAUAAUCAAUUUCAAAUUUAAAAAAAUAGAAGAUAAAAUAGUUUUUCGACAAAAUGUGA